UACACACACUUUACCACACCACAUCAUCACCCACAUCUUUCUCAAUCACCCGAACCCUAAUCUCAUCAAUUAGGGUUUUCGACGAAGUUCAAUUCCACUUGAUGAUCACACUGCACCUUACCAUUCCUCCUCCUCUCAGCUCGCAUGAAGCCUUCGCACUUUCUCUCUCCAUCGCGCAUGUUUCAUUAGGGUUUCUAAUCCGAUUCUGCUGAACCCUCGAUCCACUUUCUCCAAUCUCUUCUCUUCAAAUUACACUCAAAGAGUGUUUCAAGUCCUUCCCUUCCUUUUCCUAUCUCAAUUCAAACGCAUACACAGCAAUUACACUCUUUCUCGGACGUUCGAUCCAUGGACGUGGAUGGGGGCAACAAGCGCGUGUACAACCGUCUCGGUGCGGACGCGAAGCACCAGAAAGUUUGCUUCCAUUGGCAGGCGGGCAAGUGCAAUCGCUACCCGUGUCCCUAUCUCCAUAGCGAGUUGCCUUCUUCACACGCCAACGGCACCUCAUCGAAGAGGCCUUACGAGAAUUCGGGCUUUUCGGGCCCACGCCGGAGCCCAAAUUUCAACACGUGGGGCCGCGGCGGCGGUCGUGGCGGCGGCGGAGGAGCAGGUGGUGGCAGAGGAGUGGUUGUAAAGGCUGAUAAAGUUUGUAAUUAUUGGAUUCAAGGGAAUUGUAGUUUUGGAGAGAGGUGUAAGUUCCUUCACUCUUGGAGUGUUGGAGAUGGUUUUUCUUUAUUGACCCAGCUUGAAGGGCAUCAGAAGGUUGUGAGUGGGAUUGCCUUUCCCUCUGGUUCGGAUAAGCUUUAUACUGGAAGUACUGAUGAGACUGUAAGGCUUUGGGACUGCCAGUCUGGAAAGUGUAUGGCUGUGGUCACUCUAGGUGGAGAAGUAGGUUGUAUGAUCAGUGAAGGCCCCUGGGUUUUUGUUGGGAUACCCAAUUUUGUUAAGGCCUGGAACACACAAAAUUCGAUGGAGCUAAGUCUAAAUGGCCCUGUUGGACAAGUUUAUGCACUUGUUGUGAUUAAUGAUAUGCUCUUUGCUGGUACACAGGAUGGAUCUAUAUUGGCAUGGAAAUUUAAUGUAGUUACCAACUGCUUUGAGCCAGCAGCAUCACUUAAAGGUCAUUCACGUGGUGUUGUUUCAUUAGUUGUUGGAGCUAAUAGACUUUAUUCUGGCUCAAUGGACAAUACAAUUAGAGUUUGGAACCUUGAAACCUUGCAGUGUUUACAGACACUAACUGAUCACACGUCUGUUGUGAUGUCUGUUCUCUGCUGGGACCAGUUCCUUCUUUCUUGUUCAUUGGACAAAACAGUGAAGGUAUGGUAUGCUACUGAAAGUGGAAAUUUGGAAGUGACAUAUACUCACAAUGAAGAAAAUGGUAUAGUUACCCUUUGUGGGAUGCAUGAUUCACAAGGCAAGCCCAUUUUGCUCUGCUCUUGCAAUGAUAAUACUGUGCGCCUCUAUGAUCUGCCAACAUUUGCAGAGAGAGGUAAGAUAUUCACAAAACAAGAGGUACGAGCAAUUCAGACGGGGCCUAAUGGCAUAUUCUUCACCGGUGAUGGUACUGGUCAAGUGAGAGUGUGGAAUUGGAUAGCGGAGCCAACUACUACCGGCCAAUAAAGUGACAUAUCUAAUGUGUCCCAUUUGUUUAAUUAGUUUUUCUGGUCUUCCUUUUUGUAAUUUUUUGGCUGCAAGAAGGGAUUUCAGGCUGAGGUUGGGAUUGGGAAGAGGGAAAAAAAUAGAGGUAAAGGGGAGUGUGUGUAACUUAAGUUUGCGGAAGUAGGCUUGCAUUUAGAUUAUGAGCUGUGGUUUUAGUGUUAAGUGGGUAUCCUUGGCACAAAGCUGUGCUCAAGUAAGCGUGCGUAUUUAUGUUUGUAACAUUUUGUGAAAUCACAUUAUUUAGCAUUUAUUUAACUAACACCCUUCAAUGCGUAUAUAUAUACUACACACAUCAAUAAAUGUUAGUAUUUACUUGUCAUUUGCAAGUA